CAAAAUUGCAAUAAUGAAGACUGGAGCGUUGGUGGUGGACAUGGGAUCGGGCAUCUGUAAGGUGGGCUACGCCGGCGACCCCAUGCCGCGGUCAGUGGUUGGGUCGGUGGUUGGGUACCCGAGAGGGAAGAGCAAACGAAACAACAUCACCGUGGGCAAGACGGUCUCAACCGAGCCAGAUCUCCAAUUGGUCCAACCAACCCGGCAAGGAAUCAUCGUGGACUGGACGGCGGCGGAAGAUCUCCUCCGGCACGUGUUUUAUGAGGAUCUGAAGGUUUGUCCAGAGGAGCACGCCAUCCUGAUAUCCGACCCACCUCUCAGUCCUACCACGAACAGGGAGAAGAUAGCAGAACUUCUCUUCGAGCGUUUCAAUGUCCCAGCCAUGCACGUCUCUUACCAGUCGGUGUUGGCGGUGUACUCCUACGGGAAGACCUCGGGGCUCGUUGUGGACUCUGGAGACGGCGUGACACACGCUGUACCAGUUCACGACGGGUACAACAUGCCAGAUGCGAUCAGUCGGAUCGAUCUGGGCGGCUACGAUCUCACCACUUACCUGAUAAAGUUGCUGGGGGAGGCGGGCAACGCGUUUCAUGAGAAGGGCAGAUACAUUGUGGAGGACAUCAAGCAAAAAUGUUGCUACGUGGCUGUUGACCAGGAAAAGGAGACACACUUGGCUGACCAAGAGUACCUUGUGGACUAUGAGCUCCCUGACGGCCACGUCAUUACUAUAGGCAAGGAGAGGAUGAAAUGUCCAGAGGCUCUCUUCAACCCAUCAGUCAUGGGAUCAAACCAAGAAGGAAUUCACCUCAUGACCAUCAACAGCUUGAAAAAAGUCCAGCCCCAGGUUCAGCAAUUGAUGUACGACAAUGUUCUGUUGAGUGGAGGCUCAACCAUGUUUGAAGGGUUUUAUUCUCGGUUUUGUAGGGAGAUUUUUGCUUUGGUUGCCAAAGACACAAAAACCAACAUCCACGCUGUCCCAGAGAGGAAGUACGCCGUGUGGAUUGGUGGCUCCAUUUUAGCCUCUCUCCAUGCUUUCCAAUCUCUGUGGGUUCGCCAGGAAGAUUAUCAAGAACGGGGUCCAUACAUUGUGCAUCGCAGGUGCUACUGA